CGCAGCCGCCCUAUAACCCCCGUUCAGCGGGCGGGAGGUAGCGGUUCCUCGGGAGCGGGAUGGAGGCGGCAGCGGCGGCACGGCACCCUGCCGGUGUGCGCUCGCUGCGCAGAGCCCUGGCCGGCCCCCGCUCUCAGGAGCGCCCCGGGUGCCCUCCGGCCUCCUGCGGCGGUUCGAAGGCCGAGGCGCGGGUGCUGGUCAUCAACACGGGGGGCACCAUCGGCAUGGUGCAGGACGACAAGGGGCUUGCUCCUGAGGCAAAUAAAUUAGUAAGCAGCUUGAAAACAAUGCCAAUGCUGCACGAUGAGGCAUAUGCCCAGGAAACAAAACUGAACAGCUUCCAUGAAUUUCCAGAAAAUACACUGGUGCUCCCUGUCUCUAAGCAAAACAAAAGGAUUUUUUACACAAUCCUGGAGCUCUCACCGCUGCUUGAUUCUUCCAACAUGACUCCAGAGGACUGGGCCAAAAUUGCAAAGAAACUUGAGGAGCACUACGAAAAGUAUGAUGGUUUUGUGAUCCUUCACGGUACUGAUACCAUGGCUUAUACAGCUUCAGCCUUAUCCUUCAUGUGUGAGAAUCUGGGUAAAACUGUUGUUCUGACAGGAUCUCAGGUGCCCAUAUACGAGUUGCAGAAUGAUGGCCGAGCCAACCUUCUGGGUGCACUGCUGUUUGCUGGGCAGUUCGUGAUUCCUGAGGUGUGCCUGUAUUUUUAUAAUAAACUGUACAGGGGAAAUAGGGUGACUAAGGUGGAUGCUGCGAGUUUCAAUGCCUUUUCCUCACCUAACCUGCCUCCACUUGCAAAUGCUGAGGUUGAUAUUACAAUAAAUUGGGAAACAGUGUGGAGAGCCAAUACCAAAAAGAAAUUUCGAGUUCACACCAAUAUGAACAGGAAUGUUGGGCUUCUGCGAAUCUUUCCAGGAAUCACUGCUGCUGUUGUAAAAGCAUUUCUUCAGCCUCCAAUUGAAGGCAUUGUACUUGAAGCUUAUGGAAGUGGCAAUGCCCCAAACAAUAGAGAAGACUUGCUGGAAGAACUGAAGAAAGCUGCUGAACGGAAAGUAGUGAUUCUAAACUGUACUCAGUGCUUACGAGGAUCUGUCAAAACGGUUUAUGCAACAGGGCAGACUCUCGCUGAUGUUGGCGUAAUUCCUGGAGGUGAUAUGACGCCAGAGGCAGCCCUAACUAAACUGUCAUACACGCUCAGCAAGAGUGAGCUUAGCUGGGAAGAGAAGAGGCAGAUGCUGAGUGAGAAUCUAAGAGGAGAAAUGACUGUUGUACCCACAGGAGCCAAGAUCUCUCUGAGAGAUAGCAAGUUUAUUCAAGUGAUUGCCAAAUCUCUGAGUAUCAGCAGCAAGGAGGAGUUAGAAGCUGUAAGAGAUGCAUUGAUUCCACCUUUGGCUUGUGCUGCAGCUAAACUGGGUGACAUUGAUGCACUAAGAGCCAUAGCAGAAAUGGGUGGAAACCUGAGCUGUGGAGACUAUGAUGGCCGAACUCCACUUCAUAUUGCAGCCUCUGAAGGGCAUUUACCAUUAGUUGAGUAUUUGUUGACAUCUGGUGCAACUGUUUAUGCUAGAGACAGAUAUGGAUCUACCCCGCUGAUGAAUGCGAUCAAGUUCAGGCACAUACAAGUGAUUAAUUUGUUAAGAGAAACAGGAGCGCACCUUUCAAGCCAGGACUUGGAGAACAUUGGAACAGUACUCUGCAGCCUUACAGCUAAAGGCGAUGUGGAUGGGGUGUAUGCCUGGUACCUAGCUGGUGCAGACCUGAAGCAAACUGGUUAUGAUGGCAGGAAUCCCCUACAAGUAGCAGAGGCUACAGGGCAUAAGGAGGUUCUUGACUUCUUAAGACAAAAACAGUAAAGAAGAGGCUUUAGAAGAUGGUCACCCUCUUCAGAAAUACCAGCUUUGGACAUUAAUGCUGUUAAAUGGUUAUGGGAGGAAAAAAGGAAAGGAACAGUGGAAGAUGUGCUUCAAGCACACAGAAAAGCUAGAGCUUAGAAAUAUCCUUUAUUUAGGGUCACAUUAAGUUCUUACUGAUUUUCUAAAAAUUAUUUGCUGCUUUAUCUUUUAAUCACUUUUCCUGAAAAGAAAUAUUUUUAAAUCAAGUGAGGCUGGAAUGUAUUGUGUUUAUGUACAAGUUCUGGUUUUAAAGAGGCCUUUUGAAUCUUCUUAUGUUAAAUCAACAAGGACAGUAUUACACACUCAGGAAACAGAAAUGCUGUAGUAAACACAUACAAAUUAAAAACAGUGGAUCGUGCAUUUCUGGAUUUCAACUAAUAAAAUCUCUGAGGAACAAUGUUGGUUUCACUUUGUUUUUUGCAAUGGCUUGUAUCACUUCAGUUGCAAUUACAGCAAUUGUGAGUGUCAGUGCAAACAAUUGAAUCAGUCAUGGGCAUCUGCCUGCAGUUGUGUACUAAUCUUCACCAAUGUGUCACUAUAAAACCUCACUUAAAAUGAGUAGGAGGCAGAUGCCAUAAAGCAUGUUUGUGGGACCAUCUAAGUGAAUUGAUUGUUUUGUUUCUAAUAGCAUCUUUCCCACAUCCUGACUGGAAUAUAAUCAAGAUUGCUACAUGUUGGACACAUAAUUCUUUGGACUGUAAAUGUGAUCUCAGUAUUAACAGACCCCAAAUUUAAAGUCCUAACACUUUCAGACCAAAGGAAAAAAGCGAUAUAGGUCUUUACUGCUGAGUCCACCCUACAAUAUGUAAACGUAGAGAAUACUUCAGGCAAAUGCAUAUACUGGAGAUGGUAACUUUUUGAUUUCACAUACAGCUGCUACAAUAAUCUAUGUCGAUUUUCUAUCUGCUUCGUCUGAAGGGAAUCUUUGAAGUGCAGAUAGUUUUUUCUUUUUCCUCUUUAUACUCUUCACCCUUCCCACAGCUAUUCUUAUCAUGGAGAAAAGCUGCAUGGAGUACUUGCUGAGCCUGCCAGUAUUAAAAGAUUGCCAAGGUAUGUUGCAUUUUAGAUCCCUCAAAAACAAGAUAACUAUGCUUGUAGUCUGAGGAGACACUGUAUAUGCUCUAUUUAAACACAAAACAAUAACGUAAAACUGCCUCAUAUUUUUUGAUGUGAAAAGUAGUGUAACUCUUCACUACAGACACAAAAAUUACAACUAUACUGUCUCAUUAUCAAAUAGAUGUUACAUAGCAAUAAACAUGCUUUAGAGUGGAUAAAAUUAAUACAGUAUUAAGUAAAUGAGAUCUAACAUCAAAAAUCAGUCUUCAAAUUCUUCACCUUUUUUUGUGUCUUGCCUAUAAAUACAUAAAGGUGAUGUAGGUAACAAAGUAGUGUUUGUGAAAACUUCGAUGAUCAGAAAAAACAGGCCCAGACUCUUCUUCAUAUGGAAUUUAGAUAUACUGUCUUAACUCUUCCCUAGUCAGUAGUAUAAAAGUUGAUACACUGAACUAAUAAAUCCCUUAAUAAACUUCUCUGCAGGUGACUUUCUUGGGAUUGGAAUAUUUUCUUCUUUUUUAAUGAUUCUCAAAUGCAAUCAUUUGUCCAUUCUUUAUUUCUGUACCAGAAUGAAUGACUGCAACAUAUGUAGAAGCAUCAAUAUUUUCCUUAUACUUUUCAAUAAAGGCUCUUCUGAUUUACAGAGAA